CAGCAGGAAAAGUUUGAAAAUGUUUAAUAAUAGGCAAAGAAGCUUGAAAGGAUCCCUCGGAAACUUCAUGGUUGUGAUAGUCUUCAUUGUGCAACUCACUGAGUAUUACUGUUUUGCAAUAAUGACUUGGUGGCCUAGGCUAAGCACAGAUAUGAGGAUAUAUGCAAUCCCGAUAUUAAUUUGCUUCAACUUUUUAGCAAUCAUGCUCAUGUGGUCCUUCAUUAUGACCCUCCUCAUGGAUCCAGGUGAGGUUCCAAUAUAUUGGGGCUUUAGAGUUGGAGAUCCUGAAAAUCGAAGGAGAAGAUACUGCCUCAUGUGAAAUUUGUAUAAACCAGAACGAUGUCACCACUGCUCUGCAUGUGGGAGAUGUGUGCUGAACAUGGAUCACCACUGUCCAUGGGUUAAUAACUGUAUCGGGUUCAAAAAUAGAAAGUACUUCAUUUUACUACUAUUCUAUGUCCAAAUAACAACUAUAUUUGUGCUAAUAUGCUGGUCCUACGAUGUCAUAUGGAGUAUAAAUGCGAUCUACACGGAUAUUGCAACUUCAAAAUUCCAUUACCGCGAGAUACGGAAAGCGAUAAUCAUAUUAAUCUGAUAUAUUUUCGUCGGCUUGAUCUGAAUUAUGAUGUCUUUUUUCUUCAGUUUCCAUCGUAAACUAAUCAGGGAAAAUAAAACUACAAUCGAGAAUAUGGAGCAUGAAUCAGAUCCUCUGUACGAGAGUCGAUAUGAUAUUGACCUCUGGCAUAAUAUCUACCAAGUAAUGGGUGUCAAUAAAUGGAUCUGGUGGGUCCCAGUCAAUCCUAAAUCAAAUAAUCCUGAAGGCCACGGUAUAUAUUUUCAAAAAUAAUUGCGAGAGUAGCAGUGAAGAAUCUGAAGAAGAGGAAUCGGAGGAUGACAGACCCAGGCAGUACAGGAAUACAAAUCAAAAUGAAAAUGGGACAGAUAUCAUCGAGAGAUUAACAAACGUUAGAGAUCCUAAUGCUGCCCAGGAUAGGAACAAAGAUAAUGAUAUGAGUAGAAGAGAGAAUAAUGGAGUUGAUAGUGGGCAUACAGAUAAUAUUACAAUUCAUCAUGAAGACCAGCACAGGCGGGAUAAUUUAAACAAUAUUGUGAUAUCUGAUAAUACUGGCCAAAUCGAUCGUGGCCAUGGACGGAAUGAAAAUAAUAAGGUAGAAGAUUCUAAGGGAGAAUAUUCUAACCGUAGGAAUGCUGAGCCAUCCCAGCAUCAAGAUAAAAGAAACUUUCAAUAUUAUGAUAGGACAACACUUGGAGACAAUUCAGGAGAUCAACCACUUCUCUCUGGGGGAAGAGCUGAUGGAGAAAGAGCCGAUUCCAAGUCUUCAGUUGGACAGCUAUAAUAAGAGGGAGCAAAGUUCAAGGAUCAAGUAAUAAAAUUCCGCAGAAAAGGGCUCGGAACACAAAUACCAAUACUCAGAGGUCAAUCCAAAGGAGGCCUGGAGGAGGGACUCAGAAUAUGACUGCAGGCACUCGACAUGGAAGAGAGAAUCGCUUGCCUAGGUAGAAGCAAUGUAUCAGGCUUAUGUUUUCAAUCAUCAAGUUA